AUGGUGUUGACACAGCUCAACACAAAGAACCUAGAGGGCCUCUGCUCCUUGGAGCAGCUUGAGCUCCUCAAUACGAUUGACUCACUCCGUUCCCAGGGCAUCAGCCACUACAUCUCUCUACCCCAAAUCAUCGUCUGCGGUGACCAAUCGUCGGGCAAAAGCUCUGUGCUCGAGGCUAUAUCUGGCGUCUCCUUUCCAGUCAAGAGCGGCCUCUGCACUCGGUUCCCAACAGAGCUCAUCCUCAGAACGGCAACAAACACUUCUGUCAAGGUCUCCAUCAUCCCCCACAAGCCACUGGGCAAAAAUGGAAAGGACUCGCUAUCCGACUUCCACGAGAAGCUGGACUCGCUCCAAGAGCUUCCGGAACUGAUUGAGAACGCCAAAGCAGUCAUGGGAAUCAAGACCCUUGGCAAGGCUUUCUCUAAUGACCUUCUUCGGAUCGAGAUCAGUGGGCCGGAUCGUCCCCAUCUUACCAUUGUUGAUCUCCCCGGACUCAUUCAUUCUGAGACAAAGAACCAGUCCGCCUCAGAUGUUGCUCUCAUCACCAGCAUUGUCAAAAGCUACAUGGCAAAACGAAGGAGCAUCAUCCUGGCAGUCAUAUCGGCCAAAAACGACUAUGCGAACCAGAUUGUUUUGAAACUCGCCCGCGAUACGGAUCCUAGAGGCAUGCGCACGCUCGGCGUCAUCACAAAGCCAGAUACUCUUGUCCCAGGCUCCAGCAGCGAGAAGACGUACAUCUCUCUGGCCCAAAACAUGGACGUCGAGUUCCGCCUGGGAUGGCACGUCUUGAGAAACAGAGACACCGACGCAGACUCUUGGACACAGGCACAGCGCGAUGCCAACGAAAAGACAUUCUUCUCCCAAGGUGCUUGGUCUUCCCUGUCUUCUUCCAAUUUGGGCAUUGCCGCUCUGAGAAGUCGCCUGAGCAAAGUUUUGCUCCACCAAAUCGCCUCUGAGCUGCCAAGCUUGGUGGAAGAGAUUGCCUCUGAGAUUGAUGACUGCAAUGCGCAACUCGAAAAGUUCGGCCAGCCUCGUAUAAGUCCCCAGGAGCAACGGAUCUACCUGAUCCAGAUCAGCUCGUCUUUCCAGUCGUUGAUGCAGGCCGCCAGUGAUGGCACCUACACCAACCCCUUCUUCAGCGCUUCCAACGAUGAUGAUGAAUCGACUUACUGCCGGCGCAUUCGUGCCGUUGUUCAAAAUCUGAAUCGAGAUUUCGCGAAUGAAAUGAAAAGCGAUGGACAAUACUACAAAAUCACUGAUUCCCCGAAGAAGCGUGUGUUGUCUGGAAAAGCCAUUGAAAUGACAAGAGAUGAUUUUGUGAAAAAGGUUGUCGAAAUGAUGUCCUACAGACGGGGCCGAGAGCUGCCCAACUCUUUCAGCCCCGAAGUUGUCACAGAUCUGUUUCGCAUGCAGUCAGCUCCAUGGAAGCCAAUCGUCCAGCGCCAUGUUCAGAGAGUUUGGGAGGCCACCAAGGUUUUUCUGAACCAAUUGGUUGCUCACAUCUCUGAUUCUGCUACUGUGGCGGCCGUUAUGGACAUGAUUAUUAACCCCAAGCUUGAUGCUCUCUUGGCUAGCCUCAAGGAAAAGACUGCAACGCUCUUAUAUCCAUAUGAAAAUAGUCAUCCGGUGACUUACAACUCGGAUUUCACCGACGCUCUUCAGAAAAUUCGCCUCAAACGGCAGGGGCCAACGCUUGACGAGAUAUUGCACAAGUUUUUCCCGGGAGUUGCUCUAGAAAGCACUUCCCAUUAUUGUGCCGCAGAGUAUUUCAACUUUGCAGGACUGAGAGAGGAACUAGUUCAACGUCUUGAACCAGACGUGUAUCGCGCCAGCGCUUCUGAUGCACUCGAUAGUGCCGAUGCAUAUUACGAAAUAGCCUUCAAGCGAUUCAUCGAUGAGGUUUCCAUCCAAGUGAUUGAAACAGGAUUAGUCGGCGAGAUCCGUCAACUUCUCAGCCCCUUAGUCGUCGCCCAGAUGAGCGACGACGACAUGGAAGCCAUUGUCGGCGAAAAGGACGCAAUCCGCACAGCACGAAUGACGCUUCAGGCCAAGCUCAAGCUUCUCAGCGAGGGUGCUCAGACGUGCAAGAAGUUUUCGGGAUUUCAAGUCUUGGGCUCGACGUAAACGAUGUCACAGAGACGACCGGCAUAGUACCAAACGGCAUUGUUGUUGAUGAUGCAGUAACGGAUGCAACGGUAGCAGAUGGCACAGUCGCGAAUGAUACAGCAACGGAUGAUUCACCAGCAAAUGGAAAGCUC